AUGGACGCAAUUCUCCGAACCCGUGCGCUCGUUGGGUCAACCGUGCAGGAGAGAUGGAACUCCCUGCUGGAUGCAAUCGGUGACGAUCCGGCGUUCCUCUAUAUCUGGGCCUUGACCGCCUAUGUGCAUGCGUUCUUCUGGCUCGUCGGCGGUCUGUUCGUGCUGAUGGAUCUCACCAAUCGGCCGGCGUUUCUGCGCCGCUACAAAACGCAGCCCGGCACGAACGAGCCGGUCGCAUGGGACGGGCUGAGGCGCGUGAUGGGCACCAUCCUGUUCAAUCAAACCGUGAUCGGGAUCCCGCUGACGUACGUCGGCUACCACGCAACAAUCAAAGGCGCCGUGCCGAACGUGCGCAUCCUGCCGUCGCUCGAGACGAUCCUGCGCGAUCUGGUGGUGUGCGUGGUGUUCGCCGAAAUCGGGUUCUACUACGUGCACCGGUUGCUGCACCUCAAGCCGCUGUACCGGUACAUCCACAAGAAGCACCACGAGUGGACGGCCCCGUUCGCCUGGACCGCCAUGUACUGCCACCCGAUCGAGCACGUCAUCAGCAACAUGAUACCGCCGAUGAUCGGCAUCCAGCUGAUGAAGGCGCACAUCUUCACCGCCGCCAUCUGGUUCCCGCUGGUCAUCUUCAACACGAUACGGGACCACUGCGGCUACCAUCUGCCGUUUUUCCCGAGCUCGGAGUACCACGACUAUCACCACGCCAAGUUCACCGAAUGCUUCGGCACGUUCGGCUACCUCGACUGGCUGCACGGGACGGACCGGAAGUUCCGCAAGUCGAAGCAACACCAGCGCCACCGGACCCUGUGGAGCCUCAAGUCGGCGCGGGAGAUGUACCCGGACACCUGA